CACAUCUCAGCAUCUCCAACGAGCCACCAGCCCUCAGCCCAAGAUGACAAAGUAUCUCCUCACCACGACUUUAGGCGUCGAAACCGGCCCAACCGCGACCCCGUCAACCAAGCGCUUCACCAUCGGCAUCCCAUACCUCUACGCCGUGGUAUUCGAGUACCACACGCGUGAAGCGCACCCGUGGCUCGAGCCGUUCGCGGAAGAGACCGAACAGGUGUCGGAGGCCGAGUUGGAGCGGCGCGGGGGGUAUAGCGAUGUCGCGCCCGGCGUGAAGGCGCGCUCGAGGGACUGACGGGCGCGGAGGUUGUGCGGUUGUUUUGUGGGUCGUUGGAGCGCAGUGCGACA